UUUUAUGUCAAUUUUUUCCGUGCCAAUCGAACUGUCAUAAUAAACUUCAAAAAUCGGAUUUACACAUUAUGUUGAUUAUGCUAUGAAUAUUUUCAAAAUAUUUAUUAAAAUCAACACUUUGUCCGCUACCAUUCCGUUUGAACGAUGAAUAGAAUUUAAAGUAAUCAAACAUUCAAAAGUAUUCGUCGGUGGUGUCGUGUUUUCGGUGUUUAUUCCAUUGUUGUGCGACCUAAUUAAUCGAUUUUCCUUUCUUUCGUUUUUUCCGUUCAAAAGUAUCCGAUUAAACGAUUUUGUUGCUUGCCAAUUAAAUACGAAGACGAAAAUUAUAACCGAAUUUGGUAGUAGAACUUCCUGGAUUUGUUGUGCCGCAUAUGAAUAAGUCUUCUAAGCAAUUCAAUGUUGGAAGUGAAUUCGACUGUGAGAUAUGCAGUGAUUGAAUUUACAUAUCGUUGUGAAUGGAUGACAAUAAGCUGUAUUCGAUGAAAGAGAUGUCUACUGACUAGAAACCAAAUCACAAUGAGCCAUUCGAAUGAAUCGUCAAAUUCAAAUUAUCCCAUUUACGACAACUACGUGCUACAAACACAAAAUCAACAGAAAUAUGAUCGACGUAGUCCACGUGGAACACUGCAUCAUGUAUUGAAUUCGCCCGAUUUGGCGGAGGUCCACAUUCAAUCGCAGAGCGUAAAAGUUGGACGAAGUCCAAAUUUGUUUGAAAGUUCCCCGAACUCAACAGGUUCCAUUGAUUACACAUCGUUGUGUUCGUCAGACAACAUUGUGGUGUACGAUGAUAUUGGACGUAAUUGGCUUAAUUUGAAUAAAACAAGCGAUGAACAGGAAAACAUAAUUGAUUACAACAUUUCACCAAAGAGAUGUACUGGAAAUACGUUAGAUUCAAAUGCUGCCAUGGAAUCGUUUGAUAAUCAUUCAAAGACACGGUUUGCAACAGCAACAUCACCGGUGCGAAAGCCAGGAUUCCCAAAAAGAAUAACACUGCCCUCAUCAAACUAUGAUAGUCAACAUGCCAUAACUGAUACGACAACAGCAAACACUCCUAGUCACGUUUUUUCAGACGAAAUAUCCAAAGAAAGCACCCUCGAUUAUCUGUAUGAAUUUUCGGAGACAAGGAAGGUCCUGGAAGAUUUCUUCAGUGAGCCUGCAAUUGAUCCAAUUCUUGACGAUAGUGACAGUGUAAGUGAAUGUGAUAAGAGUUCGGAUAAUGCAUACAUCGGUCAGAGACUUGCGUCUCUUGCGCACCUUUCAAACAAUCAAUAUUCUAUGAACGAGUCGCCGAAGCAACGUUCUGGUUAUUAUGACAUGGAACUCUACCUCGAUUCGAAUAGCAGCGGAGAUGUACUGAGCAAAGAGUCAUUGCCGGCAAUGAAUCGUCAAAAAGCGACCAACAAUGCGACACUGUCGCCGGAUUCAAUUGAACAUGACUCGAAUUCGGGUGAUCUGGAUAGUCUGCCCAAUGACAUAAAUUGUACGGUGGAUCAGAGUAGUUUGUUCAGUGGCAUGCCGGUGCUGGAAGAUGGUCUGUCCAGUGGUCAUGCAUCAGAUACAGAUGUCCAUACAAAUGAUAUGAAUUGUGCGGAGUAUCAAGAUAUAAACAAGGCGGACGACACACUUGAAGAACAGAAAAUUGGCCCUUUUGACGACGAAGUGGCAGAAAAUAAUUCCGUCGAAUCGACGCUGAGAGAUAUCCAUUCGACGUUACAACGAACCAAAAUUUUACUUGAAAUUAGCAAUCCGCGAAACAGUACCAAAAAUUCUGACAAUCCACCCUCGCCGAAUGUCUGGGUUCGAAGAGAUUCCAUCAAUACUCCAGACAGCAUCAACUCCGAUCAAAAUCCAUCUAGGCCAUGUCCAGAUGAUGAAGAAGCUGAUACUGAUUUAGAAACCGAUCGAUUGUUGGGACAACAACGUCUAGACAACAUCGGGAAUCUAGAAAAAGUACGUUUCACUGACGAAACAACCGCAAUACCUCGACCAGCUCCCCAAUUUUCGUCGGCAACAUUGCGGCAAGGUAUUGGAACGUCAUUGACAUCUGCAUCACCCGUAGCUAGUCAUCCGGAUGGGAUGCAAGACAAUGAUUUCAUAUCACCAAUUAAAAUGAUGGCACAAAAAAGUCCUUCGGGAUCGACUAGUUCUAAUGUGGACGGGAACAGAAAACGGAACAAGGAAGUUCGUUGGGAACCUGCAGUUCUCAUCGAAGGGGUUUUAUUUCGAGCUAAAUAUCUGGGCUCAACUCAAUUGGUCUGCGAAGGUCAACCCACAAAGUCCACUCGAAUGAUGCAAGCCGAAGAAGCUGUAUCCAGAAUCAAGGCUCCAGAUGGUGAAUCUCAACCGAGCACAGAGGUUGAUCUGUUCAUUUCUACGGAAAAGAUAAUGGUAUUGAACACGGAUCUCAAAGAAAUAAUGAUGGACCAUGCACUGCGUACGAUAUCGUACAUAGCGGACAUUGGUGAUUUGGUGGUGUUGAUGGCACGCAGGCGAUAUGUACCGAAUGGGAACAAUGACGAAUCUUCGCCGGACACUCCGAAGCCGAAUCGAACGCCGAAAAUGAUUUGUCACGUUUUUAUGAGCGAAGAAGCUCAAUUUAUAGCCCAAUCUAUCGGUCAGGCGUUUCAGGUCGCUUAUAUGGAAUUUUUGAAGGCCAACGGAAUUGAGGAUCAUAGUUUCGUAAAAGAGAUGGACUACCAGGAAGUGCUUAAUAGUCAAGAGAUUUUCGGCGAUGAAUUGGAAAUAUUCGCCAAAAAGGAAUUGCAAAAAGAGGUCGUCGUGCCGAAAGCAAAAGGUGAAAUACUGGGAGUUGUUAUCGUUGAGUCUGGCUGGGGAUCGAUGUUACCGACCGUUGUCAUUGCAAAUCUAUUAUCAUCUGGAGCAGCGGCUCGAUGUGGUCAGUUGAACAUUGGCGAUCAGAUAAUUGCAAUAAAUGGCAUGAGUUUAGUGGGUCUUCCGCUGACAUUGUGUCAGAGCUACAUCAGGAAUACAAAAUCACAAACGGCAGUUAAAUUUACGGUUGUGCCUUGCCCACCCGUUGUUGAAGUUAAAAUAAAGCGACCAAAUACAAAGUAUCAACUCGGAUUUAGUGUACAAAAUGGAGUGAUUUGCAGUUUACUUCGGGGAGGAAUAGCAGAAAGAGGCGGAGUACGAGUGGGCCAUAGAAUAAUAGAAAUAAACAAUCAAAGUGUGGUCGCUGUACCGCAUGAAAAAAUCGUCAGUCUUCUGGCCACGUCUGUUGGAGAGAUUUUAAUGAAAACUAUGCCUACAUCCAUGUUUAGAUUGCUUACAGGACAAGAGAGCCCAUUAUAUAUUUGAAAACGAAAAAAAA